ACCCCGAACAACCAAGCACAACCAAGCAUCAUCGAGCGGGCAACAUCGUCAUGUUGAAGUAUUUCUAUAUCUGUAUGCUGGUAGCUUCUGCGACUGCCCAAUAUGGAGGUGGUGGUGGUAUGCCUGAAAAUAACACACCAGAGCAGACGACACCACCUGAUAAUACUGGAAACGCAAUUCCACAAGAAGGGAACGAUGGAAACUACGAUGCUGAUACAUUCGAAGAGAAAUUGCGAGCAUACGCACCAUUAUUGGCAGAGUACUCACGAUACACCAAAGGGUAUUCCGAACGAUCACCCAAAUUUAUUCGCUCGCCGUUCUGCUACGGUAAAUACAGUGGUCACUACGCCAACCCAGGUCUUACCCUGGAUGCCGAUCCUCGCUGCACCUUCAUAAGAUGCUAUAGAGGCCAUACGCUACUUUACAACUGCCCUAUGGGAUUUUGGAACGGGAAGGAUUACGGCCAUCACGACCCAAUGGAGCAGUCCAGUAGAAGUGCAUAUUAUGGCUUCUAUAGCGCAUACCGACAUUAUUACCAUAACUAUCAUAGAUAUUCCCCUAAAGAAUACUGCCAGGAAACAGGAGGUUACUUCUCAGAAAUGUGCCUCCAUCGCACAAAACAUAACACAUUCAGAGAGAGACAACAAGAGACCGGCCUCUACAAUCCUUACGCCACCCAAGAGGAAGCAGAGCAGGACCUCAACAUUGCCGAUCUGCCUUACGACCCAUAUGCGUAGAUGAUCAGAUGAACACUGAUAGACAACAUAGAUGGCCAGAUGAACAUCGAUGACCAAAUGAACAUAGAUGACCAAAUGAACAUAGAUGAUCAUAUGAACACAGACGAUCAAUUAAUGCACAAAUUAACAAUGGCUGAACCAGUAGUGUAUCCUACCAUAAAAGACAAGUCUCGGUUUGGAAAACGAAGUUCAUCAGCCUACUGCACGUAACGCCUGCUUUGGACAAUUUUUGAUAUUUCUACAUAUUGUAGAUUGAAAUGUUCUCUUGAAUAUCC